AUGGACCAUGCUUCCAACGCGUCCGGUUCGAGCGAAGAAGCAUCCGACAGCGAAGCGGGGUCCCCGCGCAAUGGCUUUGUACAGGUAGAGGACGUGUUGAGGACAGACAGAGGGGUUGGACUGGUGCAUACCCAGACACAAAAAGAUGCGAUGGAUGACGACCGGCCGCAACCCGAAGCCACCCCUAUCAACUUAUCCGGUGCUCUCAACAAGCAAGCUUUACGCGGCGACGAAACUGAUUCGAGCCAGCUUCGUACAACCACCGAUUCGAACGAGGCCAAUAGCAGCAAUGCGCCAACAACUUUUAAUGCGAAGACACCCAGUCUUUUCAACAAUCCACCAAACCUAGCGCGAAUCCGAAAGGUUUUGUUUGAGUGCAAUGACCCGAUAGAGAUCAGUCUGGAAGAGUUUGAGACAUAUUGGCCCUUUAUUGACAAUGUUUGGGUCAAGCAAAGAUCGAACGCUAGCAAGGAGGGCCAUUGCACUACAGACUAUUACAUGUGCCGUUUACGUCGUCCAACCCACCGCACAUCGGAGACUCGGCCACUCCCAGAGGGCAAACGCCCUCGAAAGAAGCGUGUGCGCGAAGGGGGCAUCUGCAACUUCCAGAUCAAGGUUGUACGUUUCGAGGGCGCGUACUCAACCGUGACUAUCGCGAGAACCCCAGGAAGCUGCAGCGUUCACUCGCACGAUUUGGAUUAUAUUGACCGGGUGAAGCGGAACUCGGGGUUAAUGGAAUAUGCGCGAAAAGAAUCCGUGAAAGGAUACCUUCCUUCUUCUAUCUAUACCAAAUUCCAAGAAGAGCCAGAUAAGCUGUGUGAGGCUGGAGGGCGGUUCUUCACAGUGACUGAUGUCCGCAACAUCUCUGCUAAAUGGCGCAUCCAAAACCCGGAGGUCAACUUAAUUCCACACGAGGGCUACGAAUACCAAAAGGGCCAUGGUAUUGUCAAGACCCAAAGCACUGAUGGGGUCAAUGAAGUCCCGUCGCAACCAAAGCCAACUCCAUCUAUCUCAUCAUCUUCAUUACCUCCAGACACGCUAUCAUUUCCUCAAUUCUCGCUAGAUUUUCUGCAGCCUUACCUCCCCAACAAUUCUGAGCGACGAGAGUUCCCUCAUGUCACAUUAUCCUAUGCAUCGUCAAUGGACUCAAAGAUUUCGCUUCAACCAGGGAUGCAAACGGUGCUAUCUGGGCCAGAGGCCAAACUGAUGACCCAUUACCUCCGCUCCCGGCAUGAUGCCAUUCUUGUCGGAGUAGGCACGGUUUUAGCAGAUAAUCCCGGUUUGAACUGCCGCCUGGAGGGCGCUGGUGGGUUUGGAGGGCUGGGCAGAAUGUGGCAACCCAGGCCAGUGAUUAUUGAUCCCAUGGGGCGAUGGCCUGUCCACCCUGAAUGCCGAAUGUUGCGAACCGCCGUGGACGGUAAAGGAAAAGCCCCAUGGGUCGUGGUAUCCCCGGGAGCUCAGAUCAACCCCCAGACAUUAAUGAUGCUCAAGGGCUACGGCGGCGAUUUUCUUCGCAUUGUAGAGUUUAACCAACACUGGCGAUUACGUUGGGAAGCUAUCUUCCGUGCUCUUGCAUCAGAGGGUAUUAAGAGCGUCAUGAUCGAGGGCGGCGGAACAGUCUUGAGUGAACUAUUGAAUCCCGAGUAUACCAGCUUCAUCGAUUCGAUCGUCGUGACGGUUGCUCCCACUUACCUUGGACGCGGCGGAGUGAAUGUCAGUCCGGACUCCAAGCAAGAUCCUGGGGGUGCACCCAAUGCUGCACUCAAUCCUCGAGAGGUCAAAUGGAUGCCCUUGGGGCAGAAUGUCAUUAUGUGCGGCAAGAUCCGGCCAAGUGCGCGCCCGGAGGAAGCACAAAGAGAUUGA